AUGACUAUGAGAAGCAAAAAAAAAAAAACACCUGCCUGUGUAUGUACAAUGUCGUCUAUUACAAAGAGAAUAUUCUCAGAUAAAAUGUUUUUACCAUCAUCAAUUAUAUUGUACAAUGUUAAACGUUUACAUAUAAUCAAACUAAAGAAUCGUUUAUCUUCAUUAUCUUCUGUGAAAUAUAACAACACCGGCAAUGCUAAUAGUAGCACAAUCCUCUCACGGAUUGGAUUUGAAUCAUACUAUAGAAUUAGAUCAAAUAUCGAAUCCCUGAUACAAGAUAUGUCUAAGAGACCAUUACCAAGAUUGGAUUACGACUUUCUAAUGAAAUAUAUCCCAGCAACAAAUAACAAAUUCUCUCCCAACCAAAAAUAUAUAAUGAACAUCCAAUACAUGAACAUGCUAUUAGUAAUGACAUGUCAGCAAUUGGAUCUCAUCCAAAAGAUCCCCUAUAUCGUCCUACUGAACCCAAAGAUCGAAUUAACACACUCCUUGUAUCUAAAGACUCUGCAAUCUCUCUUGUCCUUCAACUACCCCUACGACUUAUACGACCAAGAAAAAAUGAGAAUGAUCAUGGAACAGUUCUUAAACGACCAUGAAGACACACUCCUCACCCUGAGCACAGGCCUACAAGAAGUCCUGGAGCAUAACUCCAAAUUCAAUAAUAAUAUCAAUUAUGAAUCCCUGAUCACACAGUUCUUGAAUAAACAUCUGUUGAUCAGGAUCAAAAUGAAACUGAUUGCCACACAUUAUUUGAGAUUGAUGGAACAAGAAAAUAAUAAUAAUAACCUUUCUGGCGACGGAUUUCAAAAACAGGUAGGUAUCCUGGAUUCGCAAGUCAAUGUGAAUAAACUGAUCAAACAUAAUUUCGAUUUUGUUAUCGAUAUGUGCCAUUUACAAUAUGAUCCAACUCUACUGCCAGAAUUAACUAUCACUAGUAUCAAUGCAGAAAGAGAGGAAACGAACCAAAAAAAUAAAGAUAUUACAGUGCCCAUGGUACCAAUAAUAUUCGAAUAUAUUAUGACAGAAAUCUUGAAAAACUCAAUUAGAGCAUCGAUCGAGAAUUCCAUAAAACUGAAAAAAUUAUCUGGACCACUAAACUCACAAAUUAAUAUAAAUAUAUACAAAGAAAGGAAAGAUUACUCAAACGAAAUAAUUGUCAAAAUAAGUGACCAAGGUGGUGGUAUCAAACCAUCUAUCGAACCUCAUAUCUUUGACUACUCUUAUACAACAUUAAAUAACAAACAUAUACGGAAGAGAAAAAGUAGUGAUAACAAAAGUGACAUAUCAGAAGAGGAUUCUAAUCUGUUCGGUGAUAUUCAACCAACUAAUAAUAAUAUAGCUGGAAUGGGUUUUGGCUUACCACUUUGUAAAUUAUAUUUGAAAUUGUUUGGUGGAAAAUUAGAGAUCCAAAAUUUGUAUGGCUAUGGUACUAAUGCAUAUUUAACUAUUCCAUUACCACAAUGGUAUAAGUAA